UUCAUCAAUAACAACAACCCUACCAUGCCAUCUUAUUACUACACUUCCGACGAUGAACCGUAUUCCACUCGAUCUCUCUUCGGUCGCCGGAAACCUCUUCAUGAUAUUUUCGGAGGUCGAAAAGUUGCAGACAUAGUCUUGUGGAGGAACAAACAAUUGUCUGGAGGCAUACUUGGUGUAGUCACAUUGAUAUGGUUCUUAUUUGAAGUAGUUGAAUAUCACUUCCUCACACUCUUGUGCCACAUCUCCAUUGCCUCCAUGCUUCUUCUAUUCAUUUGGUCUAAUGGUGCAGCUCUUUUCAACAAGGCUCCUCCAAAGGUUCCAGAAAUGAUAUUAUCAGAACGUGCUUUCAAAGACGUAGCAUUGAUAAUCCAUGCAAAGCUCAAUAGAUUCCUUUCAUUUCUUCAUGAUAUUUCUGGUGGAAAGGAUCUCAGAUUAUUCCUCUUGACACUAGUUUCUUUGUGGAUGGUAUCAGUAAUUGGGAGUUGUUGCAGUUCUCUCAGCUUGCUAUAUUUUGGAAUUCUUUGCAUUAUGACAAUACCAGUAUUAUAUGAGAAAUAUGAAAGUGAUGUGGACCGCAUCGUCUAUAAAGGAAGUUAUGACUUGAAAAGAAUGUAUAGCACAUUUGAUCAAAAGGUUCUAAACAAAAUCCCAAGAGGUCCUGUAAAAGAAAAGAAAUUCUAAGUAAAGAAUUUCCACUUAUCUCAUAAACAAAAAAUAAGAUGUUGAAAUUGUUUGGGAGGAGUUCUCAUAUAUACAUGUGCAUUGAAUGGAUUGUUGAUUUAUUAAAUUCUUAUUCUCUGGAUAAAUAUACUGUUUGUA